AUGGAGGACCACGAAAAAGAAAAAGAAUACGAUAGUACCUCACCUCCUGGAACGGCUACCGAAGAAGGAAAUGGAAAUUACUUCAAUACCCUCGCCGUUCCUGAAAUCAAUCUCCGUGAAGCCAGCAGUGCUGAAACCCUAACUCCUCACCCUUCCGUUGUCUCGCCUCCCAAGAAAGCUGCAGAAUGGCAUAUGACACCGCAAGUUAUUCGAAACGCCGAACGUGAAGAAGCAGCUGGUUUCAAAAGGCGUGAGCUAGGAGUCACUUGGCAAGAUCUAUCGGUCGAGGUUCUCGCUGCCGAAGCGGCAGUUAAAGAGAACAUGAUCUCCCAAUUCAACGUUCCUCAGCUUAUCAAAGAUUUCCGCCGCAAACCACCACUCAAGUCGAUUUUGUCAAACAGCCAUGGAUGUGUUAAGCCCGGAGAAAUGCUUCUCGUUCUUGGAAGACCCGGAUCCGGAUGCACCACUCUUCUCAAGAUGCUUGCCAACCGCCGCGAAGGAUAUAAAAACAUCACCGGAGAUGUCAGAUUCGGAAACAUGACUCCGGAAGAAGCAUCAAGAUACCAGGGCCAGAUUGUGAUGAACACCGAGGAAGAACUCUUUUACCCUCGUUUGACAGUGGGUCAGACAAUGGAGUUCGCUACCAAGCUCAAGGUCCCUUACCACCUUCCUGGCGAAGCGAAGAGCGUUGCCGAAUAUACCGCCGAGACGAAGCAAUUCCUUCUCGAGUCUAUGGGAAUCGCCCAUACUGCCGACACAAAAGUUGGCAAUGAAUUCGUCCGAGGUGUCAGUGGUGGAGAAAGAAAGCGAGUGUCUAUUAUUGAGUGCCUUGCAACAAGAGGCUCUGUUUUUACUUGGGACAACUCAACGAGAGGACUCGACGCUUCCACGGCCCUAGAGUGGGCCAAAGCCCUUCGCGCCAUGACCGACGUCCAAGGUCUCUCGACCAUUGUGACCCUUUACCAAGCUGGAAAUGGAAUUUAUAAUCUCUUCGACAAAGUUCUCGUCCUCGACGAAGGAAAGCAGAUCUACUACGGCCCUGCCGCAGAAGCGAAACCUUUCAUGGAGAAGCUUGGAUUUGUGUACACGGAUGGUGCCAAUAUUGGUGAUUUCCUCACGGGUGUGACUGUUCCGACCGAGCGAAAGAUCAGACCUGGUUGGGAAAACCGGUUCCCCAGGACGGCCGACGCUAUUUUGACCGAGUACCAGAACUCGGCGACAUACAAGAACGAAGUCUCUCUAUACGGAUAUCCGGACACUGAGAUUGCUGCCGAACGCACUGAAGCAUUCAAGGAAUCUGUCGCCUGGGAGAAGUCUAAACACUUACCCAAGGGCAGUGACCUGACCACUAGCUUCUGGGCCCAGCUCAUGUCAUGCACCGCCAGACAAUACCAAAUCCUCUGGGGCGAGAAGAGCACGUUCCUGAUCAAACAGAUUCUGUCUUGUGUCAUGGCCUUAAUUGCUGGGUCUUGCUUCUACAACUCUCCCGACACCUCUGCCGGUCUCUUCACCAAGGGUGGUGCCGUCUUCUUCUCUUUGCUGUAUAACUGCAUUGUGGCCAUGUCUGAAGUCACCGAAUCUUUCAAAGGUCGUCCUAUUUUGACAAAACACAAGUCCUUUGCCAUGUAUCACCCGGCUGCGUUCUGUCUGGCCCAGAUUACCGCGGAUUUCCCGGUUUUGCUGUUCCAAUGCACAAUCUUUUCGGUUGUUAUCUAUUGGAUGGUUGGAUUGAAGCAUACUGCGGCGGCGUUUUUCACUUUCUGGGCUAUCCUUUUCACCACAACUUUGUGCAUCACAGCAUUGUUCAGAUUCAUCGGAGCUGCCUUCAGUACUUUCGAAGCUGCAUCCAAGAUCAGUGGUACUGCUGUCAAGGGAAUCGUCAUGUAUGCAGGUUAUAUGAUUCCAAAGCCACAGAUCAAGAACUGGUUCCUCGAGUUAUACUACACCAAUCCCUUCGCAUAUGCAUUCCAAGCUGCGUUGACUAACGAAUUCCACGGCCAGCACAUCGACUGCGUUGGCGGAAAUCUUAUUCCCAGUGGCCCAGGAUACGAGGAUGUUGGAUCUUCCUAUAAAGCCUGCGCUGGAGUUGGCGGUGCUCUUCCCGGUGCGGAUUAUGUGACUGGCGACCAGUAUCUUUCUUCCCUACACUACAAGCACUCUCAGAUGUGGCGAAACUUCGGUGUCGUCUGGGCCUGGUGGGGCUUUUUCGCUGUGCUGACGGUCGUCUUCACUUGUUUCUGGAAAUCUGGUGCUGCAUCUGGUUCUUCACUUCUUAUUCCCCGCGAGAAUCUCAAGAAACACCAAGUUGGCAGCGAUGAAGAGGCUCAAAAUAAUGAAAAACGUGCCGCUCGGACGACCACCGAUGAGCCAGUUCAAGUCGACGACGAUAACCUUGUUCGCAACACCUCCAUCUUCACGUGGAAGAACCUCACCUAUACAGUCAAAACACCAACUGGAGACCGAGUCCUCCUGGACAAUAUCAAUGGAUGGGUGAAACCUGGCAUGCUUGGUGCCCUAAUGGGAUCUUCUGGAGCCGGCAAAACAACCCUUCUUGAUGUUCUCGCGCAACGCAAGACGGAAGGUACCAUUAAAGGCUCCAUUUUGGUUGACGGUCGCGAAUUACCCGUGUCUUUCCAGAGAAUGGCUGGAUACUGUGAGCAGUUGGAUGUUCACGAGUCUUACGCCACUGUGAGAGAAGCCCUGGAGUUUUCUGCUCUCCUGCGACAGUCUCGAGAUACCCCCAAGGCCGAGAAGCUCAAAUACGUGGAUACGAUCAUUGACCUCUUGGAACUGCACGACCUUGCCGACACUCUGAUUGGUAGUGUGGGUAAUGGUCUAUCCGUUGAACAGCGCAAGCGUGUGACGAUUGGUGUGGAACUCGUCUCUAAGCCUAGUAUUCUCAUCUUCUUGGAUGAGCCUACUUCGGGUCUCGAUGGUCAAUCGGCUUAUAACACAGUCCGGUUCCUUCGGAAACUGGCGGAUGUAGGUCAAGCAGUCCUCGUCACGAUUCACCAGCCUUCUGCUCAGCUCUUCGCCCAAUUUGAUACCCUUCUUCUCCUUGCCAGAGGUGGCAAAACGGUCUACUUUGGUGAUAUCGGCGACAACGGAGCCACGAUCAAGCAGUACUUUGGCAAGUACGGGGCUAUCUGCCCUCAAGAGGCGAACCCAGCAGAGUUCAUGAUUGACGUCGUUACCGGUGGUAUCCAAGAAGUGAAGGACAAGGAUUGGCAUCAGAUCUGGCUCGACUCUCCAGAGCAGCAUCAGAUGGUCACCGAACUAGACCGAAUGAUCGCCGAUGCUGCUAGUAAGCCGCCAGGUACCGUCAAUGAUGGCUAUGAGUUUUCGAUGCCUCUCUGGGAACAGAUCAAGAUUGUCACUCAGCGCAUGAAUGUAUCGCUCUUCCGCAAUACGGCCUAUGUCAACAACAAGUUCUCGCUUCACAUUAUCUCCGCAAUGCUGAACGGAUUCUCGUUCUGGCGGCCUGGUCCAAGUGUGUCGGCAUUGCAGCUGAAGAUGUUCACUAUCUUCAAUUUUGUCUUCGUUGCUCCAGGUGUCAUCAAUCAACUGCAGCCCCUCUUCAUCCAGCGUCGUGAUAUCUACGAUGCUCGCGAAAAGAAGUCCAAGAUGUAUUCCUGGGUUGCCUUCGUCACUGGUCUUAUCGUUUCUGAAUUCCCAUACCUGUGCAUUUGUGCCGUUCUCUACUUUGUUUGCUGGUACUGGCCCGUCUGGAGAUUGCCUCAUGACUCCGACCGUUCUGGAGCUAUCUUCUUCAUGAUGUUGAUCUACGAGUUCAUCUACACUGGUAUCGGCCAGUUCAUUGCUGCCUACGCACCGAACCCGACCUUUGCAGCACUCGUUAACCCACUCAUCAUCAGUGUUCUUGUUCUCUUCUGUGGUGUGUUCGUGCCAUACGAUCAGCUGAACGUGUUCUGGAAGUACUGGAUGUAUUACCUCAACCCAUUCAACUAUGUCGUCAACGGCAUGUUGACUUUCGGUCUCUGGGGCCAGAAAGUCACCUGUAAUGAGAGCGAGUAUGCAAUCUUCGACCCGACAAAUGGUACUUGCGGCGAGUAUCUGGCGACUUACAUGAGUGGCAAGGGUAGCGGAGUCAAUCUGCUUAAUCCGGGCGCUACCUCAGGCUGCAAGGUCUGCGAGUACACAACUGGCAGUGACUUCUUGCAGACACUCAACGUCAACCACUACUAUUAUGGAUGGAGAGAUGCGGGCAUCACCGUCAUCUAUGCUAUCUCGGGCUAUGCACUUGUGUUUGGUCUGAUGAAGCUUCGGACCAAGGCGUCCAAGAAGGCAGAGUAG